CAGCUCCAGCUGACUGUUGACCGAGUGCCAUGUUGGAUACUGCGACGAGUGAAGAUGAUACCAAUUUGCUCGUUACCAUUGUGGACACCAAUCCAUUGGCAUGGCAGCAGUCGGCCACUGCUAAGAUUCCACUUUCACUAGACGACGCUAUUCGACAGAUCCUGAUCUUCUUUAACGCACAUAUGGCUCUUAAGCAUGAUAACAAGGUAGCCGCGAUCGCGAGUCAUAUUGGGCACUGCAAAUUUUUGUAUCCAGUGACGGAUGCGGAAACCCACCGACGACAAGCAAAUCAAUACAAGAUCUCCAAGGACGCGAAUGCUUAUCCAAAUUUCAAGGAUGUUAAUGAUGAUAUAAUCGAAAGCUUACGUAGCUUGAUGCUAGAUACAGACACUCCACAGAAGAAUUUGAAUGAUGGUACAUCCAUGAUUUCCGGUGCGCUUUCUAUGGCGUUGUGCUACAUUAAUCGUAUCAUGAAUCAAGAUGAUUUGGGACGCAUCAAACCGAGAAUUCUGGUACUCUCUGUAUCUCCCGACUCUCCGUAUCAAUAUAUUUCGAUCAUGAACGCUGUUUUCUCGGCUCAAAAGAUGUCUAUCCCAAUCGAUGUUUGCAAAGUAUAUGGCGGAGAAGUUGCAUUUUUACAACAGGCAUCACAUAUUACAGGAGGUGUAUACCUUGAUGUUGAGAACCCUCAAGCUCUACUUCAGUACCUUUUGUUCUCUUUUUUGCCAGAACGUUAUGCUCGAAAUUACCUUUGUCUACCGAAUAAGGAGCAAGUAGACUUUCGUGCAGCAUGCUUUUGUCAUAAGCGUAUCAUUGACAUUGGCUAUGUCUGCUCAGUAUGUCUAUCAAUCUUUUGUAGCUGGUCUCCAGUCUGCUCAACUUGCAGAACUAAAUUUGCGUUCAGAGCUCUACCUCCUUUGGCUGGCAAAGGACGACCUGCUAUUUCACGAACGGCCUCACCAGCACCUUCGGCAGCCGCAUCGCCAGGUUCAAGUUCUCCCAUGUCUACUACUUAGCUGAACAUUUGUACAUAUAAAUUCAACAAUUAAACUCUUUUAAAAAAAAGUCAAGAAAAAAAAAAUGAA